AUCAAGGAUCUGCCAUCAACGUCAACCCCGUCUCUGAGGUGGUUGUGAUGUCCCUCGGUUUUACUAAUUCAUCACAAGCGUGGUAUCUAUCUAUACCCAUCUACACAGGACUAUGUUAGAUGCAUUGCAAAUUCUUCACAUUGAGAAAGGUCGUACAGGUCGCCUUCACUCUCACUUUUGCGUACUCCAAUUUCAGCCCACAAACGUUUGGUAACUAUUCAUCUCUGAGACUUCGUCCAUCCCUAGACACCGGCACUCGCUCUCGCAGCCACAACAAGCACCUUCGGAAUCAAAUACUACGUGUCUACAGCUGCUUUUAAAGUCGUGACGAUAUCCCCAGCAACCAUGGCAAACAUUGUCCGACCAGCAGCGGCUCACACUGACACCGGUCCUAUCGAAAAACACACAAACACGCCGACGCCUGGAAUCGCCACAUCCCUCUCCCCUACCACUAUCGGCCUGAUCUGCGGUCUGGGCGGCUGCGGCAUCCUCGGCUUCUUCAUAUGGGCGAUUGUUUACUUCCGAUGGUUCAAGCCGAUUGAGAUACGGAUCAAGGAGGGAGAAGCAGGAUACUACAACACACCCACGGCCGAGCAGAAUAAAAACAAGAACAGGAACAGCACAAUUACGGACGUAAAACAGAGUAUAUUCGCACACAACGCAAUCGGUAUUUCAACGGAAAGGCCGGCUACAGAUGGAGGUGUCUACCCUUCUAUAGGUAUGGCAGUCAAUACUGCUCUCGAAAGGGAAAUUCUCGAGAUCCUAGAGGCGGAGGUUGAUACUAUAGGGCGAUGUCGGGGAUUAGGCUCAGGGCUUGUAUGAGGGAAAAAGGAGGGGCUGUCAGUGGAAGACUGGAACAGGGUGAGGAGAUUGAGGAUUUGUUAACUGGUCUUGGGAGUCUACAGAAUCGCGCUCCGUCGCACGUUCGCUAAGCUUUCAGGGUUUGCUGCUACCUUUAUGUCUG